AUGGCCUCAACCGCCAUUGAUUUACCGCCUUCGAGGCAGCGAGUCGAGCCAGGAUCCUGUGAUAUCCCACUUGGUGAAUUUCCCAAGACCAACGAAACAACCCCCGAAGACCCAGACAAGAUUGCGAGUCAGAUCAUUGACCAACUGAACCUCAGCCUUGUCGCCAAUGAUAAGGAGACUGUGUCCGGGCUUCUUGCCGAAAAUGGAUAUUGGCGUGACCACCUGUGCUUCACGUGGGAUCUCCGCACCAUCAAGGGCCGUGAGGAAAUUAUUGCAUUCAUCACUGGCCAGGAAAAAUGCAUCAUUGAAAUUGACCGGGGCUCGCCCCUUAAGGCUCCGCAUGCUGGUCCCAUUGACGCAUUUGGUGAGGUGCACGGGAUUGAAUUCUUUAUCAACAUCACGACCAAAAAUGGAACUGGAAACGGUAUCGUACGGCUUGCGCAGGUUGGCGAGAGAUGGAAGAUCUUCACUGUCUUUACUUCCCUGACUGCUCUGAGUGGAUCCGAUGAGGCCACCAAGAAGAACAGACCCACUGGUGUGCAGCAUGGCGCGCAGGAAGGUAGAAAGAAUUGGCAAGAUCGUCGCAUUGCCGAUGAGAGCUUCGAGGAGAAAGACCCUGCAGUUUUGAUUGUCGGUGCUGGCCAAGGUGGUCUCACUGUCGCCGCACGUCUGAAGAUGCUCAAUGUUGACACUUUGCUCAUCGACAAUGAGGAGAGGAUUGGAGACAGCUGGCGCAAGCGCUAUCACCAGCUCGUGCUUCACGACCCAGUUUGGUUCGACCACAUGCCAUACCUUCCUUUCCCGGACAGCUGGCCCAUCUUCACGCCCAAGGAUAAGCUGGCCGAUUUCUUCGAAAGCUAUGUCAAGCUGCUGGAAUUGAAUGUCUGGACCAGAACCGAAGUCAGGUCUACAUCGUGGGACGAGGACAAGAAGCGAUGGGAGGUCGUGCUGGAGCGCAGCAAGCAGGAUGGGAGCUCCGAGAGACGUCUCUUGCACCCACGCCACAUCAUCCAGGCGACUGGCCACUCGGGAAAGAAAAAGGUGCCCAUUUUCAAGGGGAUGGACAACUUCAAGGGCGACCGUCUUUGCCACAGCUCGGAGUUCCCCGGUGCGAACCCAAAUUCUGUGGGAAAGAAGGCGGUUGUUGUCGGCUCGUGUAACUCCGGACACGAUAUCGCCCAAGAUUAUUAUGAGAAAGGAUAUGAUGUGACCAUGGUCCAGCGCAGUUCGACCUGUGUGAUCACAUCCAACUCCAUCACGUCGAUCGGGUUGAAAGGCUUGUACGAAGAAGGCGGUCCCCCACUCGAGGACGCGGAUUUGUACCUGAACAGCAUUCCCUUUCCUCUGUUCAAGGCGCAGCAGGUCAAAGUCACCAAGUUGAUGAACCAGAACGAUGCCAAGAUCCUCGAGGGCUUGGCAAAAGCGGGAUUUAAGGUUGACAUGGGACCUAUGGACGCCGGUCUCAUCACGAAAUACUUCCAGCGCGGAGGCGGAUACUACAUCGACGUGGGUGGCAGCCAGCUAAUCAUCGAUGGCAAAAUCAACGUGAAGCAAGGCCAGGAAAUCAGCGAGAUUCUGCCAAAGGGAAUACGAUUUGCGGAUGGCUCGAUGAUUUACGCCGACGAGAUUGUUCUUGCGACUGGAUACCAAAACAUGAGAUCUAAUACUCGGUUGAUCUUCGGCGAUGAGGUGGCUGAUCGGGUUGGUGAUGUCUGGGGACUUGACCAGGAGGGUGAGUUCCGGACUAUCUGGCGACGAAGUGGUCAUCCUGGAUUCUGGUUUAUGGGUGGCAAUCUAGCUCUUUGCAGAUAUUACUCUCGCAUCUUGGCUUUGCAGAUCAAGGCUAUUGAGGAGGAAAUCACUACUUACUAA